AUGUCCGACUAUCCAACCCUGCUCCAAACUUCCGUGGCCACCACAGCACUAAAAGUCCUCCUCUGGCCAGCCUACAGCAAAUCAACCGACUUCGAAGUCCACCGUAACUGGCUAGCCCUUACCCACUCCCUCCCCUUCCAACAAUGGUACUACGAAAACACCUCAGAAUGGACCCUCGACUACCCUCCCUUCUUUGCCUACUUUGAAUGGACCCUCUCCCAGGCAGCCAAAUACAUCGACCCGCGCAUGCUAGAAGUAGCGAACCUGGGUUAUGCUAGCUGGAACACGAUUUUCUUCCAGCGAAGUACAGUCAUCGUGACCGAAUUCGUGCUGGUUUUCGCUCUAUGGCUGUUCGUGAAGAGCAGUCCUGCGAAGGAGAAGAGGCAAGCGCAUGCUGCUGCUUUGUCUAUCCUCUUGAGUCCCGGCCUCUUGAUUAUCGAUCACAUCCACUUCCAGUACAAUGGGUUCUUGUACGGCAUCCUCAUCCUCAGUAUCGUGCUCGCGCGCAAGAAAUCCGGACUCCUGGUUUCCGGGCUUCUGUUUGCGGCUCUGCUGUGCUUGAAGCAUAUCUACUUGUACUUGGCGCCAGCCUACUUUGUCUACCUACUUCGAGCAUAUUGUUUGGGGUCUAAGUCGAUAUUCGAUAUUCAAUGGUUGAACUGCGUCAAGCUUGGCCUUGGGAUUGGUGUUGUCGCUGGACUGGCUUUCGGACCGUUCGUUUACAUGGGUCAGAUGGAGCAGUUGCUCUCGAGGUUGUUUCCGUUCUCGAGAGGUCUCUGUCAUGCGUAUUGGGCACCAAAUGUGUGGGCACUGUAUUCACUCUGUGAUAGAGUGCUCAUCUAUGCCGCACCCUAUCUCAAACUCGCCCUCAACCACGAAGCCGUCAAUAGCGUCACACGAGGUCUGGUCGGCGACACCGCCUUCGCCAUCCUGCCAAAUAUCACGCCACGAAUGACGUUCAUCCUCACCCUAGCCGCGCAAAUCCCCGCCCUAAUAAAACUCUUCCUCCACCCAACCUGGCACACCUUCACGAGCACUCUCACCCUCUGCGCCUACGCCUCUUUCCUCUUCGGCUGGCACGUGCACGAAAAAGCCAUAUUAUUGGUACUAAUCCCCUUCUCCCUCCUGGCAUUGACCGACCGUCGGUACCUCGGCGCCUUCCGCCCGCUAGCUGUAGCCGGACACGUGAGCUUGUUCCCGCUGCUCUUCACGGUCAUGGAGGGGCCGAUCAAGGUGGUUUAUACCAUCAUCUGGCUCGUAGUCAUGCUUGUUGGGUUCGAUGGACUGGCUCCUGCGUAA